GUUUAUCUUUUCCCAACCCAGAUGGGAUCAGCCACCGACGGACUAGUGCUCUCCACGCCUUACUGGCUUAUGACGAGUCAGGCCAUUCACCGCUCAGCCCACAGGAUUUAUUCUGCACGUACAGGGACUUGACGCCUUCAUCAACCAAUAAUGGAUGAUAAGAGUUACAUACUAAAAACACUUACAGCGCAAGACCGAGUCCCGACCCGGCUUGGCGUCUUUCCUCAUCGUCCACCGCGAACGCCCCCGAAAGUUUCCUGCGAGGUUAUUAAACCACUGACUGCCUCGCAAUUGGAGCGUUCGAGACCUGCAGCUCAGACAUAUGUAUAUGCUGUGUUGAUCUUCAACUAUUUCUAGACGAAUUAGCUGCCGCGAGAUCAAGAUGACUACUACCCAACUCCCCAUAUCAGAUUCUGAUAAGUACGACUAUGUAGUCGUUGGCGGAGGCACAGCUGGCUGUGUCGUCGCCGCAAGGCUAGCGGAGUAUCUCCCGCAUAAGCAGGUGCUUCUCAUCGAGGCCGGUCCUAGCGAUUUUAUGGAUGAUCGCGUUCUUGACCUUAAGCAAUGGUUGAAUUUGCUUGGUGGUGAGCUCGACUAUGAUUACGGCACAACCGAGCAGCCUAUGGGCAACUCGUUUAUCAGACAUUCGCGGGCAAAGGUGCUGGGAGGUUGCUCUUCACACAACACCUUGAUCUCCUUCAGGCCAUUUAAGUAUGAUAUGGACAUAUGGCAGUCUUUGGGGGCACGUGGCUGGACCUUUCCCGUAUUUAUGAAGGCGUUGGAUAAGUUGAAGAAUACCAUCCAACCAGUUCAUCAAAAACACCGCAAUCAACUCUGCAAGGAUUGGGUCAACUCGUGUAGCUCAGCGCUUGAUAUCCCGGUGAUCGAUGAUUUCAACAAGCAGAUCUCGCAAACUGGAUCCUUGAAACCUGGUGUUGGCUUCUUCUCAGUGAGCUACAACCCCGACGACGGAAGACGAUCUAGUGCAUCUGUUGCGUACAUUCAUCCUAUUUUAAGGGGCGAAGAAAAGCGACCGAAUCUAACGAUUCUGACUGAUGCUUGGGUGUCGAAAAUCAAUGUUAGUGGUGACGCUGUUGAGAGCAUUAGCCUAGGAUUGAAAGAUGGUUCGUCACGCGCCGUUAAAGCGAAGUCUGAGAUAAUAUUGGCCGCUGGAGCAGUAGACACGCCUCGACUAAUGAUGCUCUCGGGUAUUGGACCGAAGAAGCAACUUUCCGAUCUUGGUAUCCCCGUCGUUCGCGAUAUUCCGGGUGUCGGCGAGAAUCUGCAAGAUCACCCCGAGAGUAUUAUCAUGUGGGAGUUGAAGAAGCCCGUGCCACCAAACCAGACAACUAUGGACUCUGAUGCAGGAAUCUUCUUGCGCCGUGAAGUGCCGGGGGCUGGUUCUAAGAAAUCAGCCGCAAACCCGCAAGGCCUUUCCGAUGGAGAUAUCAUCGAUGUUAUGAUGCACUGCUACCAGAUUCCAUUCACAUUAAACACCCUUCGCCUAGGAUACCCCGAUAUUCCGGACGGAUACGCCUUCUGCAUGACGCCAAAUAUUCCUCGACCGCGCUCCCGAGGUCGAUUAUAUCUUACUUCUGCAGACCCGAGCGUCAAGCCGGCCCUCGAUUUCCGGUAUUUCACCGAUCCGGAAGGCUACGAUGCAGCCACUUUGGUAUUCGGCAUGCGCGCGGCACGAAAGGUUGCGGAACAGGCUCCAUUCAAGGAUUGGAUCAAGAAAGAGGUUGCACCCGGACCUCAAGUUCAGUCUGAUGAGGACCUAAGCCACUAUGCUCGAAAGGCAGCACAUACCGUAUAUCACCCUUGCGGAACAACCAAGAUGGGUGAUACCACUAAGGACGAGCUGGCAGUCGUCGACGAGAAGCUAAAGGUUAAGGGAUUCAAGAACCUACGUAUUGUGGAUGCUGGGGUGUUUCCAACCAUUCCUACUAUUAACCCUAUGUUAACAGUAUUGGGUGUUGCUGAAAUCGCAGCUAACCUAAUUGUCCAGGAAGCAAAUUCCCAGCAGGAAAGAGCUAGAUUGUGAUCAAGUUGGAGAUCUUGUUGGUGUACGA